GGGUGAAUUUGGUAAUUGAGCCACGCAUAUUAUAAAUAAACUCAGGACUCGGACUCAGUAUCACAUUCCCGACACUUUUUUACUUAACAAAGCUAAUUGAGCGAUUGGAUCGCUUCAACACCUUCAGACAUUGCAGUAGUCAGCUUCUUUUCAAUGGCUUUGCGUUCUGUUCUUUUGCUGGCAAUCUUUCUUUUCUGCAUAGCUCAGGUUUCAUCUGACGUCGAGAUUGAAGAGCAAGGCAACCAGGUGGUUAAAGGAGCUAACAGAAGGCUCUUAUCAUUGGAUUGUGGAGGGCUGUGCAAGGUGAGGUGUAGUUUACACUCGAGGCCUAAUGUGUGCUUGAGGGCAUGUGGCACCUGCUGCUUAAGGUGCCAGUGCGUGCCUCCAGGCACCUCUGGUAACAGAGAAGUGUGUGGGAAAUGUUACACUGAGAUGACGACUCAUGGGAACAGGAAAAAGUGCCCUUAAAAAUCUCACCUUCAUGGUGGUACUGUAUAAGGUAUAGCAUAUAGAGGAACUUGUCUUCUCAUAUCAAAUAAUAAACAGUUGGGUAUUUGUGUUUAUGGA